GCCGCUCGCCCCCGUCGCGGCCGCCGCCGAUCGCAGCAGCAGGAGCCGCCACCGCCGCGGUGGAUGUGGUUAGGCCGGGGCUGAGCGAGGAGCGUCGAGAUGCCGCAGUCCAAGUCCCGGAAGAUCGCCAUCCUGGGCUACCGGUCUGUGGGGAAGUCCUCAUUGACGAUUCAGUUUGUUGAAGGCCAAUUUGUUGAUUCCUAUGAUCCAACCAUAGAAAACACUUUCACAAAGUUGAUCACAGUAAAUGGACAAGAAUAUCAUCUUCAACUUGUAGACACAGCUGGCCAGGAUGAAUAUUCCAUUUUUCCUCAGACAUACUCCAUAGAUAUUAAUGGUUAUAUCCUCGUGUAUUCUGUUACAUCAAUCAAAAGUUUUGAAGUUAUUAAGGUUAUCCAUGGCAAGUUGUUGGACAUGGUGGGGAAAGUACAAAUACCUAUUAUGCUGGUUGGAAAUAAGAAAGACCUGCAUAUGGAAAGGGUGAUCAGUUAUGAAGAAGGAAAAGCUUUGGCAGAAUCUUGGAACGCAGCUUUUUUGGAAUCUUCUGCUAAAGAAAAUCAGACUGCUGUUGAUGUUUUUAAAAGGAUAAUUUUGGAGGCAGAAAAGAUGGAUGGGGCAGCUUCACAGGGGAAGUCUUCGUGCACAGUGAUGUGAUAGCCGUGGACGCUGGGAAUAAAUCCACUAUUCCUGAAGAGGCAGACUGCCCCGUCCUCACCAUCUGCCAUGCUUCUUUUCUCUUCUGUUAAGAUGCUGUUUGGGUCAGAGCUCCUUCCCUUCCAGAUUAUGUUAAUGUCUGACUCUACCCAAAUGAGUUCACUUCCAUUUUCAAAUUUUAAACAAUCAUAUUUUCAAUUUAUAUAUUGUAUUUCUUAAUAUUAUGACCAAGAAUUUUAUCGGCAUUAAUUUUUCAGUGUACUUUGUUGUUUAAAAUAAUGUAAUCAUCAAAAUGAUACAUACUGUUACACUACUAUUAACUAGGCUUCAAUAUAUCAGUGUUUAUUUCAUUGUGUUAAAUGUAUACUUGUAAAUAAACAGCUGCAAACCUUA